AUGGAAAACUACACCUUCAACAGCCUCACUCUGCAGAUGGAGGGAUUACGGGUCACCAAGACGAGCAAGUACCCCAUCUUUAUCUUCCUGCUUUCCAUCUACGUGUUCAUCUUCAACGCCAACCUGGGCAUUGUGUUAUUGAUCUGGACGGACAGAAGCCUGCACCAGCCCAUGUUUCUCCUCUUCUGUAACCUGUCCAUCAACGAUAUGAUGGGGAACUCGCUGCUGGUUCCCCGGGUGCUCGCAGACAUCCUGGCGCCACCGUCUGAGCGCCUCAUUCACUACUAUGAGUGUUUGAUGCAAGCUUUCACACACAUGUUUGGCACCAACGCCCACACCGUGCUAAUCAUCAUGGCCUUUGACAGAUAUGUGACCAUCUGUAACCCUCUGCACUACGCCACCAUCAUGACUCACAGAAUGGUGAUCAAGCUGACGGUGGCUGCCUGGGGAGUGGUCUUUGUUCUGGUGGCCGUUCUACUCGGUCUGACCGUACGACUGAACAGAUGCCGGACUCUGAUCAUGAAUCCUUACUGUGACAACGCCUCACUGUUUAAACUGUCCUGUGACAGUGUGUUUAUUAAUAACGUCUACGGCCUCACGUUCACUGUGGUGCUGUUCACAGCUUCUGUUGGCUCCGUAGUCCUGACUUAUUCUAAAAUCACAGCAGCCUGUGUGACGAGUAAGAGCAAGCAUUACUGUUGA